UCCUUUGGAUAAUACGGAAGUAUCUGAGAAUGCGUUCAGAUUGGAUCUGUGAUCUAUUCGGGAACUGAAUUAAGUCAGAACCUGAGUAAAGCCACUCAGAUGACUGAGGUUCCCCACAUGUUCUGCAUGUGACCGUAACAUGCCCAUCCACCCAGCCCGCAGGCGUUGGUUCCGGACGGAACGACUUUAACACUGCAGUCGGUGUUGAUCUCUGGACUUUGGAGCUGAUCAUGCUGUAAUAGUAGGAGCGUGUUGAAGUGCGUUCAGCGGCGUCUCGGUGAGCUCUGCACCGAUGGAUUUCCACACUCUCUGCUCCUUCGAGUCUUUCCAGCAAUGCUGCAGUCAAUACGGCUAUGGGGGAAACUUCCGCGACGUCGUGGAGCAGGAGUUCCGGAGGUCCAAAGGAGUUACAUAUCUGGAUCAUGCUGCAGCCACUCUGUACCCGGAGUCUCUGCUCAGGGACUAUUUCCGGGACAUUUCCACGAAUCUGUACGGAAACCCCCACAGCCACCAUCCCAGCAGCAGUUUAACACAUGAUACUGUGGAGCGGGUCAGAGACAGAGUGUUGGAGCAUUUUAACACCACCUCGAAAGAAUACUCCGUGAUCUUCACUUCUGGUUGUACAGCUGCUCUCAAGUUAGUGGCUGAGAGCUUUCCUUGGAGCUCAGAGACUGAGAGGGACGCUGGGAGUUUCUUCUGCUAUCUUACUGACAGCCACACAUCUGUUGUUGGCAUUAGAGGACUGACUUCAGCCCUGGGGGUAGUUGCCAUUCCUGUCUCCCCACAGGAACUGACAACCAUGGCAAAGGACAGAGUUCAGGGAGAAGAUGUUUUCUGCCAAACACCACAUCUUUUCUGCUAUCCAGCACAGAGCAACUUCUCAGGGAGGAAGUAUCCUCUUAGCCAUGUGAGAGGCAUCCAGGCGAGACGCCUUUACCCAGCGUGCGACCUCCGAGGUCGCUGGUUUGUGCUGCUCGAUGCAGCCUCGUACGUCAGUUGUUCCUCUCUAAACCUACAGGUCUGCCCUGCUGAUUUCAUUCCCAUUUCCUUCUACAAGAUAUUUGGCUUCCCAACAGGUCUGGGGGCUCUUCUUGUCCGUAACGACGCAGCAGGCAUGCUAAAAAAGUCUUAUUUUGGAGGAGGCACAGCAGCAGCUUACCUUUCUGGAGAAGAUUAUUAUGUGCAGGCAAAAAACAUUUCUGACAGAUUUGAAGAUGGCACAGUCUCCUUCUUGGAAAUCAUUGCUUUAAACCAUGCAUUUGAAUCUCUUUACAGGAUCACAGGGAGCAUACACAACAUCCAGCAGCACACUUUUGGACUGGCACGCUACACUUACACACUGCUCUCAAGUCUUUGCCAUGGCAACGGCAGACCAGUGGCUCAGAUAUACACGGAGGGCCAGUUUGAGAGUCCAAUCACUCAGGGACCAAUCGUGAACUUCAACCUCCUGGAUUCUAGUGGACAGAUAAUUGGGUACUCACAGGUUGACAGAAUGGCCAGCUUGUAUAAUAUUCAUGUGCGAACAGGUUGCUUCUGCAACACUGGGGCCUGUCAGGCCUUCCUCGGGAUCACCAACCAGCAGAUGAAGAGAAAUCUGCAGGCAGGCCAUGUCUGCGGGGACAACAUGGAUUUGGUGGACGGCCAGCCGACCGGAUCUGUCCGCGUGUCCUUUGGCUACAUGUCGACGUUCGAAGACUGUCAAAAGUUCCUGAAGUUUGUUGCUGAGUGCUUUGUGGAGAAACCCGUCACGGUAGACCAAGUAAGGCUGCAGAAGCUGAAAACAGCCAGGGCAUCAUCAGAGGGAUCAAAUGAACACCCUUCAGUUGAAAUUUCUAAUGGAGAAAACCAUAAAGGAGCAGAGAAAAAAUCCUCAGAAGUGUCUCAGAAAGGAUUUAGACAUGGAGACUCAAAAAGCCCUGGGGUGGCUUACACUCUGACCAACAUCUACAUAUACCCCAUCAAAUCGUGCGGUGCAUAUGAGGUGCACGACUGGCCGUUGGGACCGCUGGGUUUACUGUAUGACAGAGGCUGGAUGGUGGUAAAUCAGAACGGCGUGUGUCUGAGUCAGAAGAGAGAGACGCGUUUAUGCCUCAUUCGCCCACAGGUCCACCUUCCCUCAAAGAAAUUGUUCCUGCAGGCAUCGGGAAUGGAUACCAUUUCGGUCCCCCUAGAAGAUGACGUUCGGUUGCACACAAAUUCUCGUGUGUGUCACAGUAAAGUUUGCGGUGACAGGGUGGAGAUGAUGGACUGUGGAAAUGAGGCUGCAUCGUGGCUUUCAGACUUCCUUGGACAGCCAUGCCGCCUGAUAAGACAACGUUCUGAUUACACUCGAGAAAUGAAGAGGAGGCCCGCUGAAGCUGCCGACUCCCCGCUUCUCUCCCUGGUGAAUGAAGCUCAGUAUCUCAUGAUCAACCGUGCCAGCGUGAAGCUCAUUCAGGAUCUAAUGAGCAGCAGGCAGGACGGCUGUGAGGGCGAUCAGCUCCUCGACACACAGAGUGUCAUCAGGCGCUUCCGUGCCAAUUUAGUCAUUGCUGGAGCAGAACCCUUUGAGGAGGAUAAUUGGUCACACUUGAUUAUUGGCAACACACGAUUCAUGGUUGCAGGUCAGUGUGGAAGGUGCCAGAUGAUUGGAAUAGACCAGGACACAGGGACCAAAACUAAAGAGCCACUCUUUAGCCUGUCCGCCUACCGAGCUGGGAAGGUGACGUUUGGCGUGUAUCUGAGUCACCAGAGUCCAGAGAGCUCUACCGGAGCUAACGUCCUCUCCGCUGGCUCUCUCAUACAGGCUGAGCCACACAAGUAUUGAACUGGUCGUCUGUAACAGCCUCUAUUUAUUCUAAUGACAGCUGUGGCCCUUAAUGGCCCUUGGUGGCUCCUUAAUCACCUGUUAACCACUGUGAAUUUCUCGACAUGUUACUGUAUUUGUUUUCUUUGAGUCCCAGUCAGCUCUGUCGAGUGUCAUGAAGAAGCUCUGUUAUGGUGAAUACUUCUGUGAAAUAUGUCAAUUUAUUAGUCAUAACCAUUGUCUUUCAAAUAAUAAAAUUAUUAAGCAAA